UCCAUCCAUCCCUCCCUCUCUUCCUUCCUUCCUUCCCAAUCUGGGUCUCUCUCUUUCUCUGCCUCCCUGCCUUGCACACUCCGCCCCAGAUCGAGAGGAGGAAGGCGGAUCCAGGCUUGGAAGCAGAGGCGGUGGAUCUGGAGGCUUCCCAGCGGAUCAAGGUUGAUCCCAUCACCUGCCUGUUGAUCCUUUUGAAACGCCGGAGAUUAUUGGACCUGCAACCUGGCGCAUGCAACAAAGAGGCGUAAUCCAGCCACAAUGAAAUGCGGAGGCCAAGGUGAAGUGUGGGAACCGCUCGCCGAGACUGCGCUGUGACCUCCUUUGCGACCGCACCGAGGCGUGAUGCUGCUGUAGCAACCAGCUUGCAAAAUGCCUAAAUUUUGGCGAUUCCUGAUGCGCCAAGGUACCUGACUGUGGCGUGCUGACCUCCUUCCCGGCUAUUGCAUGGCGUCUGCCCACUGCGGUGCCAAAGACCAACUUGCGUGCCACUGGAAGCCGCCGCUUUAUAAAAGCUUCGGAAGGCCUUCCUCAUGGGUGAAGGACUGAACUCUUCCGCCAAAGAGACGAAGGCCUCUUAUUAUCCAAGUAUUUGAUCCGUUUCAAAGUUUGGGAGGCGUAGUUUCGUUUCCUCUGCUCGGUUGGAUCUGGGGUCCUGGGUGUUCCUUUGGGCUGCUGGCGGGCAGUGCCAGGGGGAGAGGUACCGGUGGGUGCCUGGGGGCGAUGCAGUCAGACGACCUCUUCAUCCGCAAGAUCCGGCGCCACUCGAACCGCCCGCCUCUGACGUCCCUCUCUUUCGACACCUUCCGGACAUCCAAGUCCCAGGCGGGCGAGGGCCCCCUGGCGGGGCAUUGCGGCCCUGCUCCGUUGAGGUCCCCGAGGCGAAGCUAUCUCAUGCAUCGCAGCAACAGUGACGUGACACUAAGCGAAGGGGAGCUGGCGGUUGCCGCCCCGACUGCCCCUAGCUCUCCUUUGCCGCUGGCGUCGGGAAGCGCAUCUGGGCUCCAUCGGAACAGUAGCGGCAGCCCCAGUUCAUCAGUCAAGGGGACAGCACCGCCUCGAGCGCGGGCACACAGCCACGAGGAGCCACGGGCUGGCAGCCCUACCGCUCGCCGAUUCCGGGACCCCUUGCUUCUUCUCGGACUGUCGACCAGCGAGGUCUGGGAGACCGAAGCAGAUGGUGUGACGCCAGGGGACGGAACUGGCUCCCAUCCUACCCCGGAGGCAGCAGUUCCCGUGUGGGGCCGCCAUUUGGCCCACUACGAUGUGCAGAGCAUCUUGUUUGAGUUGGGUGCAGUGGUCCGGGAAUCUGAGAAGCAGGGCAACAUCACCACGGGGGCAUCAGCCGCUUCUCAGUCUCGCCUGGCGGACAUGACACCCACCUCCGAGAGCGAAGCGGGCGAGGAAAAGGACGGGUCCCUGGUGCUCAGCUGCCCCUGCUUUCGGGUGGAAUCUGGGGGUGAAUCGGAAUCUGGGAUCGGCCAACACCGGGGCUCUUUGGCCGGGUUCCACUGCCCCAACAUGGCGGUUUCGGUCCUGGAGGAACCACGGGAAAGCUAUGGACAGAGGACCAGCCGGGGGGGCCUUGCCAUUGAAUACGCCGACCUCGGAGCCUGUUACUACCGGAAACAUUUCUACGGCAAGGAGCAUCAGAAUUUCUUUGGGGUGGAUGACCAGUUGGGCGCUGUGGCCGUAUCCCUGCGGAGAGAGGAGAAGGAAGGCAGCACUGGUCCGCAAUACAAUUACCGACUUAUCGUACGGACGAGUCAGCUCCGGACUUUGCGAGGAUCCAUCCUGGAGGACGCCCUUCCCCUCGCCGCCCGCCAUUCCACCCCUCGCGGCAUCCCUCCCAAGAAACUGCUGGAGCACGUGAUGCCGGAGCUCAGCCUCCAGUGUCUCCGCUUGGCCUCCAGUUCCCCAAAAGUGCCGGAGACCUUACUCAAACUGGACGAACAGGGGCUCAGUUUCCAGCGGAAAGUCGGAGUGCUGUAUUGCAUGGCGGGACAGGGUUCGGAAGAGGACAUGUACAACAACGAAGAGGCCGGCCCCACCUUCCAGGAGUUCCUAAACCUCCUGGGCGAACGCGUGCGCCUGCGCGGCUUUGAGAAAUACCGUGCGCAGCUAGACACCAAGACGGACUCCACGGGAACCCACUCUCUUUACACAACGUACCAGGACUACGAGAUCAUGUUCCACGUCUCCACCAUGCUUCCCUAUACCCCCAACAACCGUCAGCAACUCCUGAGGAAGCGUCACAUUGGGAACGAUAUCGUCACCAUCGUCUUUCAGGAGCCCGGGGCCCUCGCCUUCACGCCGCGCACCAUUCGGUCCCACUUCCAGCACGUUUUUAUCGUGGUGAGGGUUCACGAAUCUUGCGGUGAGCACACAACCUACAGCAUGGCUGUCAGUUGUACCAAGGACAUCCCACCCUUCGGUCCCUUCAUCCCGGCCGAGAACUCCUUCAUCAAAGGCCCGGCUUUCCGAGACCUUUUGCUCGCCAAAGUGAUCAAUGCGGAAAACGCGGCAGAGCGCUCAGGGAAGUUCCACGCCAUGGCCACCCGCACCCGCCAGGAAUACCUCCGCGACCUGGCCCUCAACCAUGCCACCACCAGCACUUUGGAGGCCUCCUCAUCCCGCCUGGCCCUCAUCGCCUUGGCGGCCAAGAAGCGCGAGAAGUCCAAAGUGCCCAAGGGGGCGGAGGCACACAGCGCGGGCGCUUUGGUCUGGGGCGUGUGGGCGCGGGAUGGCCUCCCUGGACCUGAGAGCAAGGCUCCGGAGUUUUGGUGCCUGCUGGGCAUCUCGGCCGAGUUUCUAGUCCUCAUUGACGCCCGCGAGAAGAGGGUGGUCUUUAACUGCUCCUGCCGGGACAUCCUGGCUUGGACCUUCUCCGAAAGCUGCACUUUGGACCUCUACUAUGAGACGGGGGACUAUAUUUGCAUGCGUGUGGAUGAAGGGCAGGCGACUGACAUUCGGGACAUCGUCCACCGGCUGCAGUUGGUGACCCGGGGCUGCGAGACGCGGGAGCUGACGCUGUUGAGGAAUGGAGUCGGGCAGCUGGGCUUCCAGAUGGACCACGAGGGCUUUGUGACUGAUGUGGAGCGCUUCACGUUUGCUGAGAAGGCUGGGCUCCAACCGGGGGCUCGCCUGGUCCGAGUCUGCGAGAGGCCGCUGCCCAGCCUCAGCCACGCUCAGACCACGGAGCUCCUGCGCACGGCCAAGAAGGUCACCAUCACGGUAGUACCCCCGGAUGAGAAUGGGAAACCCAGGAGGAGCUUCUCAGAGCUGUACCAAAAGUCUUUGCAAGAGAAGAGGAGGAGCGAGCCACCGGCCGGAGAAGUCGAGCUGACCAAGCCAGGGAGCGAAGCCGGGUUCAAGCCGGCCACGCUCCAGCUCCUUCAUUCCCUCUCCUUGCAAGAUGGACCCCCGCACAGUCUGGCUGAAGAGAGGACUGAAUUUCUACGGAGCCACAGUGACCAAAUGCCUGGACCUACAGACUCGGUGCCAUCUCAGGACAUCCCCAUCGUUUCCAAUCCCCCUCCGGAUCUCAUUUUGGCUGCCACUCCAAAGGCCCCUCCAGACCACAAUACAGACCGUGGAGGAGAUCCUGUUGCGAACAAGAAAGUUUCCGUCACGGGUCAAGAAGUCAAAGGCCCUCUGUCCCCGGGAGAGAAGGCUUCCCUCCCUUCGGAGUCCAGCGAAACCGAUAAAUUUCUGCCACGGACCCUUUCCCUGCGCAACUCCAUCACCAAAAUCCUCUCUGAAGCUGGCGAAUCGCCGGAGGAUGAAUGGGAAUCCAUUGCCAACUUGGCCUCGGCUUGCAACAGCAUCCUGGAAGCCCUUUCCAGGGAAGGGCAGCAUGUGCCGGAGAACAGGGAAUCCUUAUGCGCCGCCGUCCAGAGAAGCGCAAGCCAGCAGCAACCCAAUGAGGAUUCCCAGGAUGCUCUAAGUCUUGCCGACAAGGUUUUGCAUUUGGAAUCGACGCUUAAGAAACUUCAGGAAGAUCUUCAGAGGGAGAAAGCCGAGAAGGCCGCCUUGCAAGCCGAAGUCCAGAGCCUGCAGGAGAACACCCAGCGCUUGAAGGAAGCGUCGGAGACGGCCGCAGCUCAGCUCAGCCAAGUCACACAAAUGCUGGGCGGCCCCCCGACGCCCCCCCACUGCCCUUGAGGUUUCCCCCUUGAAAUCUCCGUCUUCUCCUUCUCAGCCCCAGGAGCAAGUGACCUGUCUCUCUCUCACUUUUCCAGGGAGAUGCAAGAGACACUUUGGACUGUCACCAGCUUCCGGACUUCGCUGUCGGUCUGUUGAAGCACCAGCUUCUGGUCUGAUUAUUUCAAGAGACCAGUGGGACAAAGGAGGGUGAUGUUUGGGUUUUGUGCAAAUACUAUCAGUCUUCCUGGGUAAGAUGAGCCCUUCCAGCUUGUGGCUAGUAGACAGAUGCCCUCCUGGCCAUGGAGAGACCUGCCAUCCAGACACUGAGUUCCCCGGCGCAUUGCGGCACCGGCCUGUCGCUUAGUCCGAAGCCGUAUGGCCCUCCUAGCUGUGAUGGUGGGUGGGUGGGUAGUUGGGGAUGACUUGGGUUGUCAUUGUGUUGUUGUUUCUACCAGAUUUUAGGAUCUUGGACUUUUUCUUGCCACUAUUCCCCCAUCCGAAAGGGAACGCCACAACGCAGUGGCUCCGUUGGAAAAGACGGGGGGACACAGUUCACCAGGCAAUAACUGCAGAUCGCCUCGGAGGUUACGGAUAGUGUAAGGAACGAACCUGCGUUGGUGGUGGUUUACUACACUGGGCAAGAGGUGUGGGGUGGUUGGUGUCGGAACCUUCUGCUCUUCCUCUCUCUUUCUCUUCCUUCCUUCCUUCCUCCUUCCUUCCUUCUCUCUUCCUCUUCCAAAUUCCAGCACUGAUCUGGGUGGCACCGACUGCUACUUUGGGGCGGCAGCCCUUGCAUACCUAAUUAACUGUGAAUUUUUUAAUUUGGAAAACUGUGACAUGUCCUCCUUGCCUCGCCUCCGUCCUCCUCGCCUUGUGGUCCCGAUUCCCCGUCUCUGCUUGCAACCUUCCGACUCAAUUCCUCAGUGAGACGGAAGAGAUGGCCUCCCGUCUACUCUUUCUCUCGCUCCGACUGGUGCUAUCCAUUCCUCGUCCUUUCCGCUUCUGCUCCUCUUUGUCCGUACCUCAGUCUUCCUGACUUCUGGAAGCGGGGAUUGUAGGAUUGGAAGGGACACCCAAGGGCUAGCUAGUCCAACCCUUUGCUACCACAUACUGCAAGACAUCCAUAGCUAAAGCGCCUCUGAUCUGUUGACCGUCCCAAAAAAAAGGAAGGAAAUUCCGCCAUCUUCUAAGGUAGUCCGUUCCACUGUCGAAAAACCUUUGCCGUCAGGAGAGUUUUUACAAAACGGAAUCUCCUUCCUUGAGAUCCAGAUCCAUGGCUUUGGGUCUUGCGGAAAAGGUGCUUGCUCCAUCUUCCAGGUUGAGAUCCGGAUCUAUGGGUCUGGGCUUUGCAAAAAGGAUUCUUGCUCCAUCUUCCAUGUUCAGGUCUGGAUCCAUGGGUUUGGGUCUUGCAGAAAAGACGCUUGUUCCAUCUUCUAUAUGGAGACCUGAAUCCAUGGAUUUGGGCUUUGCAGAAAAGAUGCUCGCUCCAUCUUCCACGUUGAGAUCUGGAUCCAUGGGUCUGGGCUUUGCAAAAAAGACACUCGCUCUAUGUUCCAUGUUUUGACAGACCCACAUAGACAUGGUAUGCAUGGGGUGUCCUUCUUUUUGGGGAGGGGACUUCUGACAUUUCUGACUGUUCUGCCCAUAUUUCAUCUUUCUUGGACUAAGGUUUAAGGAGGAGGCGAGGAAAGGAGAAUGGAUUGCCUGUCUGUCUCUUCCCCCGUAACUCCUCUCCCAGUCUAUAUUUGAACUGAAUGUACAGACUUAGCCGUCCCCUUCCUUGUGCAAUAAAGUCUUGGUCUGCAGCCAUA